AUGCGAUACACUCGUCCUCAUGUGAUUGAGAUACCAAAUAGCUGUUGGCUCCCCCGUCGUCUUCUGCUGGUACGCCACGGUGAGUCCGAGGCAAAUGUGGAUCGCACACUCUACGGCCGUGUGCCGGAUUGGAAGAUUCCACUCACCACCCGCGGCCGCGCCCAGGCAUUUGACUGCGGCCGCCGUCUGCGCAAUAUCAUCAAGAACGAGAAGGUGUACAUUUACCACUCUCCAUAUAUUCGCGCCCGCCAGACGUUAGUGGAGGUGCGAAAGAGCCUUGGCCCAUCGCAGAUACAGGGCGAGCGUGAGGACGAGCGACUGCGAGAACAGGAAAUGGGCAACUUUCAGCCAGUAGACCAGAUGGAUAAGACCUGGGGGGAGCGUAGUGAAUUUGGCCGCUCCUACUAUCGAUUCCCCGGUGGAGAGAGUAGUGCCGAUGUUGGUGAUCGCUUGUCCACUUUCUUUGAUUCCCUUUUCCGUGAGCGGCUUGAGCUGGAUUCAAUAGAGGCGAGGAGACGCGACGACAGUUCUGUACCACACACCCUACAUGGGGAAGAUGAUCAUAAUGUAGUUAUCAUAUCACAUGGAUUGCUCAUUCGACUAUUCAUUGCUCGUUGGUUUCGCGUACCAAUGGAGGUGUUUGAGACGAUGCGAAAUCCACCCAACAGCGCUAUUGUGGUAUUAGAACGACGUGACUCUGGCCGUAUGGUGAUGACCGAUAUUAGUAAAAAACUCUUUGGGAGUGACCCUUUGUUAGAAUCAAUGAAAUUCGACGGUAAAGAUAACUCUAAACUGUAUCGUCGUUUGUUUGCUGACCUUCCAGGUCAUGGAACUCUUCCAAGCGAUGAAUAA